GAAGAAGAGACGUAUGUGAUGGGAGAUCACCAGCCUACGGAGAAGGUGGAGUUGAAAAUGAAAAAUGAACUUGAGCAAUCUUCCCUAGAUAUCGGUGCAGAUGGACAUUAUAUCAAUGAUACCUCAGAAAGACGUCUUCUAUUAUCUCAAGAUUAUGUGGAAGAAAAAGGCAUCACGCAAUAUUCUCCCAUCACGGAAAAUAAACAUCACAGACCUUCCCCUUUGGAGAGAUCAAUGGAUUGCUCCACCCCCGAGGAGUCCUCUUCUAAAUCACAUCCUGUUCCUUCAGAAAUCCAUCUGAGAUCUCCCAGUGCUGACAGAUCAACAGAUCCAUCUAUUCCCCAGGAAUCUUCUUUAGGUCUUGAAGGAGCUCACACAGAGGAGCGUUCACUUUCAUGUUCAGUGUGUGGGAAAUGUUUCACUGAAAACGGAGACCUCCUUAUACACCAGAGAAGUCACACCGAAGAGCGCCCUUUCUCAUGUUCAGAGUGCGGGAAAGCUUUCGCUCGGAAAGAAAAACUACUCAAACAUCAGAGGAUUAACACAGGUGAACGUCCUUUUGAAUGUUCAGAGUGUGGGAAAUGUUACACUCAGAAAGCAGACCUUCUUAGGCACCUGAGAAUUCACACGGGUGAGCGUCCCUAUUUAUGUACAGAUUGUGGAAAAAGUUUCACUCAAAAGGGAAGUCUACAUACACACCAGAAAAUUCACACGGGUGAGCGCCCUUAUUCGUGUUCAGAGUGUGGGAAAUCUUUCACUCAGAAAGCAGAUCUUCUCAGACACCAGAAAAUUCACACGGGCGAGCGUCCUUUUUCCUGUCCAGAGUGCGGAAAAGGUUUUAUUUUUAAGAGAGAGCUUCUUCAUCACCAGACAACUCAUACAGGUGAACGCCCCUUUUCCUGUUCAGAGUGUGGGAAAUGUUUUUCUCAUGGAGAAGACCUUCGUAGACACCAGAAAAUUCACACGGGCGACCGUCCUUAUUCAUGCUCGGAGUGCGGAAAAGGUUUCAUUCAGAAAGAAAACCUUCUUAGGCACCAGAGAAUUCACACGGGUGAGCGUCCUUAUCAAUGUUCUGAGUGUGAGAAAAGUUUCAGUGAGAAAGGAAACCUUCUUAGACACCAGAGAAUUCAUGUUGGUGAGCGUCCUUUCUCAUGCUUAGAGUGUGGGAAAUGUUUCACUAGGAAACAAGAGUUUCUUAAACACCAGAGAAUUCACACAGGUGAGCGACCUUUCCCGUGUUCAGAGUGCGGGAAAUGCUACACUCAGAAAGUAGACCUUCUUAGACACCUGAGAAUUCACACGGGGGAGCGUCCUUUUUCAUGUUCAGAUUGUGGGAAGAGUUUCACUCUAAAAGGAAGUCUUCUUACUCACCAGAAAAUUCACACGGGCGAGCGUCCCUUUUCAUGUUCAGAGUGCGGGCAGUGUUUCACCAGGAAGCAACACUUUCUUAAACACCAGAGAACUCACACAGGUGAGCGACCUUUCUCCUGUACAGAGUGCGGGAAAUGUUUCAGCGAGAAAGAAAACCUUAUUAUACACCAGAGAAUUCACACAGGCGAGCGUCCUUUCUCAUGUCAAGAGUGUGGGAAAUGUUUCACUUUGAAGCAAAACUUUCUUAUACACCAGAGGAUUCAUACGGGUGAGCGUCCUUUUGUGUGUACAGAUUGUGGAAAAAGUUUCACUCAAAAAGGAAGUCUACUUACACACCUGAAAGUUCACAUGAGCGAACGCUCUUAGUCAUGUUCAGAGUGCGGGAAAUGUUGCAAUCGGAAAACAGACCUACAGCAGACCUGUUGAGCUGGUUUUUUUUUACUGUCUAGAGUGCGAAAAAUGUUUUGGUCAGAACUUAAAAAACACAAGGUAAUUCACAAGGAAAAUGUCCAUCAUGUUCAGAGUGUGGGAAAUGUUUCACUAACAAGUAAAACCUUAACAUGCGAAGAGCCACACUCUUAAAAAAAGAAAAAAAAAAUUCACUCAGGAAGCAAAAUCUAUUAUACAUCAGAGAAUUCAUACGGGUGACCAUCCUUGUUGAUGCUCGGAGUGUGGGAAAGGUUUAAUUCAGAAAGGAAACCUUCUUAGACACCAGAGAAUUCACGUUGGCAAGCGUUGUUUUUCAUUUCGGAGUGUGGGAAAAUUAUUAAAGGUUAAAUAAUUAGCACAUGGCUGUUGAUGCUGUUGACAUAUAUACCGGUGACAGAUAACAUGUUUUUGUAAGAAGCUCAUUGUUGAAAAGAUCAUCAGAGAGAGUAGGAGUCGCUCGUUCACUGCUCACUCACCUUGGUGCUCCUUAGAGGGAUCCCGGACGAGCCCCCACAUGUAGUACACCUCCUGUAGAAGCUGUAGUAAAAAAGGUCAUCACAGUUGGCAGAUAACAUGUUGUUGUAAGAAGCUCAUUGUUGAAAAGAUCAUCAGAGAGAGUAGGAGUCGCUUGUCCACUGCUCACUCACCUUAGUGCUCCUUAGAGGGAUCCCGGACGAGCCCCCACAUGUAGUGCACCUCCUGUAGAAGCUGCAGUAAAAAAGGUCAUCACAGUUGGCAUAACAGAAUGCAGAGAUCCUACCACCUGUGAGAUAUAGGACACUGUCCGGUCCUUUUAGUUCUCUGGCAUCUACCAAA